AUAUAUAUUCCCAUAUGUCUAAGACCAUAAGUCUCUCAUUUCUUUUAACUAUGCGGUGUAGUAUCUUAUUCUCCGUUUCAAAUUGAUUUGACGGAAAUCUAUCGUUUCUCUGUUACGAAAGUACUAUUGUUUCUGCUGACUUUCUCUAAUUAUUCUAGUAUUCUAUCAUUCGACCUAUCCGCCCUCACCCGAAACUCGGACUUCAUUGCGAGCACAGCUUCAAGAAAAAUAAAGAAUACCCCAAGAACUUAACUAACAAGUCUAGUGCCGAGGGGCUGAUAUUGACAUCUAAACACGCUAAAUCCCUUCUAAUCAACAGUAUGGGACCUUCAUCAUUUAUGUACCCCGUAACAUCAGAUGAGUUAGUACCGGGAUUUUAGGCCUUGCCCGAGGUCGUUUGAUAUGGCAAUGCCGGAACAAUAUGCGGGGUAAAUAAUCUGGUUUACAAUCACAGGGCUUUAAAUUCUACGAUGUUCUCAAUUUGAUUAAAGGCGAGUUAUUCCCUCCCAACUUUUGCAUAACAAUGUCGCCUCAGAGACCUGCAUUUGAUGAUCUGCCUUUGCGUAAAGAUGGACCUCCAGGGAAUGCUUGGGGGAUGUUUGGGGAUCAAGAUCAGAUGGGCAUGCUCAAUCUAUUGACGCCAGAGAACACCGCCGCGGCUGCUCGCGAAAUUGUUGAUGGCGUGCGGGUCUCAACAGAUUGGGCUCUCAAUAGCAUGGCGACCCCCUGUUUUGGACGAUCUGCUUUUGAGCAUAUUAUCAAGAACAAGCCCCCCCGGGCAGUCAACGAUGAUGUCUUGGUUUUUAACACACAGAGUAGUAGCCAAUGGGAUGGCUUCAGACAUUAUGGAUCAAAGCAAGGAACUUACUUCAAUGGAUGUACCCAGGACGACAUCCAGAAUUCCACUCGAAAUGGCAUUCACGUAUGGGUCGAAAACGGCGGUAUUGUUGGACGGGGCGUUCUCUUGGACUAUGCGGGCUGGGCAGCAGCGAACGGGAAAGAAGUGAAUUGCUUUGAAACCCAGUCAAUCCCGGCUUCUGUACUCCAAGAGGUUGCUGCUAGUCAAAAUUCCACAUUCCGACAGGGAGAUAUCUUGUUUAUUCGUACGGGUUGGACUCGAGCGUACGAACAGCUGUCCCAGGCGCAAUGUCAGCAACUGGCCGACUAUGCAGCACCUCCAGUGAUUGGGGUAGAAUCGUCCGAGGCCAUGCUGCGCUGGAUUUGGGAUCUUGAACUGGCCGCCGUGGUGGGAGAUAUGCCGAGCUUUGAAGCAUAUCCAUGCCAGAAUCAGGUUUUCUUCCUUCAUGAGUGGUUGCUGGCGGGCUGGGGCGUCCCAAUCGGCGAACUAUUCGAUCUCGAGCAGCUCAGCCAGGAGUGCCACAAGAGAGGCCGUUGGACCUUUUUCUUUAGCAGCGUGCCAUUGAAGGUGUUCCUGGUGGUGUUGCAAGCCCCCCGAAUGGCGUGGCUAUAUUUUGAUCACAAGUUCUUUCUUCUAAGAUCUAGCCUCCAAAAAAAAAAUAUGGUCCUUGGAAAUGCAGGCAUCUCACGUCAGGCAGAAGAUCGCUCAAAAAGGUCGAUGGUAGCCUGUAACCGCUGCCGUUCUAGAAAAACUCGCUGCGCCGGCAAUCCACCCCACCCUUGUGCAGCAUGCGUGGAUGUGGGCAAGCAUUGUGUAUAUUCAGAGGCUGAAAAGCGAGUCUCCAUAACGGAAAGCUACUAUCGUCAACUACAAUCGCAAGCUCCUGGGUCGCGAGAAGGUAGCCAUGCAACACCGUCAAGUGAGCCAUCAAUAUCCAAUCGCUACUCUGAUGAGGGGCCACCAGAACGCGACGACUGGUGGUACAAAGGGACGGACAAUCUGUUCUUGAAUCGAUCGGGAGAACAUCAUUUCGUGGGUGCUUCAUCCACCACACAUCUCGCGAAACGGCUCAACCCUGGCUCCACAAACCUUGCAUGGGAUGUGCGCCCACUUUACGAUGACCCUUCAUCAUUGAGAAGACCAGUUGGCGGCUCAUUACCUCAAUUACCACCUUUUGAAUUUGCCAAGCGACUAUUCUGGGUACAAUACGCUUACAUCGGUACCAUCUUUUCCCUUAUCAAACCCUUGGAGUUUGAAGAACGGCUCGAUCUAGUCUAUCACCAACCACUUGACUUUUCACAUCGUGAAUCUUGCCUAGUAUACUGUCAGACACUGUUAGUUAUUUCCUUUGGCUUGAUGUAUAGCGUGAAUCAGUGGAUUGGCGAGGAAGGUCCUCCCGGCUUCAAGUAUUUCAAGCAUGCAUUACGUUUCUUGCCAGAUAUUCAUGAAGAGGGCUCGAUUCUUUUCGUUGAGGUGCUAUGCUAUGUCGCAUACUAUAUGCAGAAUCUGAACAGGCGGGACGCUGCCUUCCUCUACAUCGGACUUGCUCUGCGCAUGGCUAUCUCCCUAGGCCUACAUCAAGAGGUGUCUGAUCCCUCAAUAAGUGAAUCAGAUCGCAACCGUCGACGUCGGGCUUGGUGGUCCGUCUACAGCUUGGACCGGCUACUCUCGGUCAAGUCUGGUAAUCCUAUUACAAUUCACGAUGAAGACAUUGGGAUAACUUGGCCCACAGCUGUGGGAGGAUCAAGCUUUGAUCCAUGGCCAUCAACCGUUCUUACCCAUUAUACACAACUAUCCCGUAUAUUGGGACGGAUUGGGGAAGAAAUCUACAGGAAGAAACCUGGAUCCGGAUCUAACCUCGUUGCUUCUGUCCAGAGUAUCACAAAUGACCUGUCUGGCUGGCUGCGACAAGUACCAGACCGGCUCCGCAUUGAUUUCACCACACUAGAUACCCAUAUCAAUCGAGAGUCUGUCUCAAUCAACUUACACUUCUACUCAUGUGUGAACAUGACUGCGCGCCCGUUGGUCUUCUAUGUCAUCCAACGGCGACUUGACGCGGAAGCCCUUGGAUCUGCAACAGACGAUUGGAAAGAAGGGCUGGCUCCCAAUACUGUCGCCGUCAUUGACAGCUGCAUCACGGCAGCGCGAGCAACCACUGUGAUCAUGGAUGCAGCUGCAAAACAUAAUCUCAUUGCUACAUAUGGAUACCUCGAUGGCGAGUAUAUCUUCUCUGCUGCAUUGCUGCUGGUCAUGGUGAAUGCCGCGUUUCCGCCUAAUGAAACCAGCGCCCGGGCCAUGGAGACCGCACUGAACCUUCUUCGCGGUAUGGCAGACCGGGGGAAUACAUAUUUGGACUCACGCCACUCUUUGCUGUUGGAAUUACGAGCGGCCAUUGGACCUAGACCUGCCGAAGAAAAGAAUACCGAUGAGGCAAGUUCUCUUGCUGCAGGUCAAAAGGGCCCUGUGACGCCGAUGACCGAAAACGGCGCAAAUCCAUCAGACGAUGUUCCAGAUCCGAGUGCAGAGUUAGCAGCUUCACAAGUCCUCACUUAUAACUGGCCACAGCAGCCAGAUCUCCCUUCUUUCCGGGAUAUUGCCUUCCAGUUCGAUCUAAACGAUGAUCCAGCACUCUGGGAAGGGGCUUUGGAUCAAAUCGAUAUUGACAUGGACACUGACUGGAUUGAGAAUACUUUAAAGCGAUAA